UGCCUUAUUUUAUUCAACAGGUUAUGGGCCAAGAUACCCAAGAUGCAGAGUAGUAUUUUAGUAGUUUUGCAAUAAUUAUGUUUAAGUCGUAAAUUAUUAAAUAAAUAAUCGUGAUGGCGUCAAGUAGUGCCCUGAAGCUUGACUAUGGGAGUAUUUCGAAGUUUGAUGGUACCAUUUUCCAGCUUUGAAAACUUCUGUAAGGCAGAAAAAUUGCUCACAGUUGUGAAUAGACCAGAUAAAGAGCCAGAAGGCAAACCGCCGAAUAUGAAGAAUGUAACGCAACAAACUUAAAGACCCGAGUCAUUUUGCUAUCGACAAUAUGUCCAGAUCAAAUUCAACACUUAAAUUAUUGUGAGAAUGACGCUGAAAUGUGGUCAAGGUUACACCACAAUACACGAACAGAAAACAGGUGUCUAGGGAGUUAAUUUGGCAAAGAUGAUUUUAUGAACAUAAAAUGACUGAAAAUGCAAAAGUUGCCGAACACAUUUCUACAGUUAAAUAAUUUUAGUUAGAGAAUUAAAAGAUGUCAAAGAAAACAUCAACAAUCGUUUGAACAUUUGACAGCAAGAUUACUUAAAGAGAAAAAUCGCAUGGGAAAUGAAUCCGAAUGCGAUACAGGCAGAAAUUUACAAAGAAAGCUUGAAGUUGGCCAUAAGAAGAAAGCCAAUAUUAGGAUUUUAAGAAGAAUACUAACUCUAAAUAUUAUAAACGGAGAGGGCAUUAGAUUCGAGAAUACAGAAAAAGGAUGAAGAAGGAAAUACAGGAUACAGGUUACCGGUAAGGGCUGGCCGGGCCCGCUGCACCUGAAGCGGCCACCGCCAGGUGGCGCCGCAGACUCGCCCCACUCCUCGGACCACCACAAAAUGGGGCUCUGGCCCCCCGGACUUUGUUGUACCAACGUCCUCAGGACGGUGGUGAUAGUAUUAUUUAGUUUACAAGCGUUCGUGUUAGCGACCGCGGCGCCAUCUAGCGCGCGAUUUUACACGAUACACUGGAACUCAUCGAAUCCGAUUUUCCGGAUCGACAAUACCGAUAACAUUAUAGAUGUAAAUAGGAAUAAUUUAAAAUUUGAAUAUGAUCAGGUAAACCUGAUCUGUCCGGUGUAUACUCCAGGAACGCGAGACGACGAAAUGGAGAAAUACAUAAUUUACAACGUGUCCAAGGACGAAUACGAGACGUGUAGGAUAACGAAUCCUAAUCCUAGGAUCAUCGCGGUCUGCGAUAAGCCUUAUAAGCUCAUGUACUUUACCAUUACGUUUAGGCCAUUUACACCUCAGCCUGGCGGGUUGGAAUUCUUACCAGGGCACGACUACUACUUCAUUUCCACGUCGACUUCGGACGAUCUCCACAGGCGGAUAGGGGGCAGGUGUACCACCCAUAACAUGAAGAUCGUCUUUAAAGUGUGGGGAAUGCCCGCCCAGAGUCCCACCCAGCCGCCCACGCAACCGCCUACGCAAUCGCCGCCAAGACUAUGGUGGUCAGUGACCCCGCCAAGACCUACCCCGCCUACAAACCCUACCACGACCAGUCGAAGUACCGUAUCAACGACGAAGAAAUCGAAGGCCUACAACAAACACCCCAACGAAGUGGUGAAGAGCGAGGAGCUGACGCUAGGUGGCGCCUCGAGCGCCUCGGUGCUACUCUCGAACACUAUUUUGCUCUGUGUGAUCGCGCUCAGGGCGCUACAGUCUAUGCGAUGAAUGUUCUCUUAAUUUUUUUUAACAAAUAGACUGUACAAAAAAAAGUGAUAUUAACGUGUAAGAAGGUGAGAGAGACCUUCGUGUCUAGUGAAUGUUUUUUUUUUAUUUUUACAAUUUUUUUAGUCGUGAAUUGUUGUUGUCGCCUUCCCAGCCCACAGCCACCGCCACUAUUCCCGGCAUUUUUGUGAACACUGGUGUUUAUAGUGGUGUCCCAAUUUGUUGUUAUACGGGUUGUUUUUGUGACUGUUUUAAUGUUUUUUUUUUGUGAUUAUUACAGUGUUAAAUAGUGCGAAGAAACUUAUCGACCUAUGGUGCGAUCAGAUUUUUGACCCACUGAUCCUUUUUUAAAAACCCAAUAAAAAACUCAGUUUUUAAAAAAGAAAAGCAUUUUAAAUUUUCACAAAAACUAACCUGACAACGUCAUGCUCUGAGAGAGCCUAAACAUAUGUAUCGUCCAUAUAAAUGUACCCCCGUGUAAAAGAUGUGUUACACAAUACUACGAAUAUUUGUUCACUAUAUAGGCACUAAGACAUCCCCCAUCCCUAUAUAUAUAUAUAUAUAUAAUAUAAUAUAUAUUUAUAUACUUGAAUGUGUGCCCACGCCCCCAUGUAAACCCCCCACCCCACUCGUUUUAUAAAUUUAUAAAACGCCAACUGUUGAGAAACCCCUUAUGACAACAUGAUAAUAUAUUUGAAAAUUGUAGAUAUUAUAAUGUAGAAACGAACGUUGAAAAUCGAAUUAAUUUAUUUAAAUUUUUUUUUCACUUUAAUACAUAACAAACGUGACAUAUAAUUAGAGUUACAGUUUUCCCUAUUGCCGAUCCGUACUAUAUAUAGGAAUAAUGUCGAUUUGUUAUGUGUUAAAUAAAAAAAAAGAAAAACGAAAGGUGCCACUAUUUUUUUAGGUACCACGGCCUGUAUUUUACGAAUUUAUUAAUGAAAAUGCGCCUACAUUUUUAUUAGUCUGGCCCUAGCUUGUAAGUAGGGUCGGACUUUCUACUUUUAAAUUUUUUUUUUAAAAAUGAUAAUAUGCCCAUUGAGAUGGUACUCUUUUUCACCUACUUUUUGCUGACUUAGUCGAUAGUGAAAUCAAAUUUUUGGUACCACCGAUGGUUCUUUUAAAAUUGGACAACUUUCUUAUAAGAGUCCCAUGUCGAUAAUUGAACCACUGAACCAGCGACAUGGAACUUUUUUGUAAAUAAUUCAGAGGGAAAUCAAAUUUUUAGUACCACUGACGGCUCCCUCAAUAAUUAAAAACAUUGUGAAAAAUCUUAACAAACUCAUCAAGGUGGUACGUUUUUCAGCUACUAUUUCCUGAAUAACUCAGAAGUAAAAUCAAAUUUUUAGUACCACGGACCGUUUGCUCAAAAUUAUAACUUUCUCAACAAUAAACUCAUCAAGAUGGUAAGGGAAACUGUUGUACUUUGUACCACAUUUUUUCUAAUUUUUUUUUAACUACAUUUUUGCGUCUAUAAAUAUGUCCAGUUGUUGUCUACGCUUUUUUAUACAAAUUUGCAUUCAAGAAUUUAGUAUAUCUACUUAAGAAAAAAAAACCAUUUAAAACUAUUGCAUAGUGGUCCAUGGUACAUAGUGGUACAUGGUCCUUGAGCCAAGCAUUGAACAUAGUUGUACAUAAAUUGUUUGUUUUUUCAAUCACACACAAAGUAACAUUAAAGUUGGUGUACAAAAAUUCUUUUUUAGAUAGUAUUAAUAGAUACAAAAAAUAAUUUGCUUAAUCUAGUUUUACAAAAAUCACCAAAGUAGUCCUUCCACUCUUCUCCUUCAACCUCUGCGAACACUACCACACUACUUACACUACUUUUCUCUACUUUUGUCGCUAAACUGUGAGAAAAAGCAGUAUACGCAUAUUUCUUCAUCACCACUGUCUUCAUUAUCAGUUGAUAUAAGAGACAUCACUUUAGAGUCAGACGAAGAACUUUAUACUUCUUUACUCAAGUUAACUUUUUUUGACUCUUUUUUUAGCUGUCUCUCUCCUUUCCUCUUAUUUUUCUUGCUAUCAUCCACCUGAGGGUAAGGCUGAACGUUUUCUGGGUAAGGAAUUUGUCUAUGUUUUAUUUGUAUUUGAUCUUGGCGUCUAAGGAACUGCAGAUGAAUGCGAAACUGACGAACAGUAAGUUAAAGUUUAGGGCCCAGGAUCUGAAGAUGCAUCAAUAACUGGAUAUAAGGCUGAAGACGUAAAUGGCACAGAUAAGAAUAACGAAGAGGAUGACAAACCUACAGCUAAAGGCAGAUCAGGAGGGCUGGAUCCAACUUUGUCAGUGGUUUAAGUCCCUUUAGUAUUUGCUGGCCUCUAUGUUCCUACAUGACCGCAAAGGAACGAAGAAAAUCUUCAUCAGUUGAUAUUAUUGAACGGGGAUAUUCCUGAUUUUCGAAAGCCGGACAAGAUAUUACCCGGAGUACAGGCACGAAGAUAUGCUGUUACCAAGACUCCUGCCACGUUGUAUAUAUCAAAGGUUUUUCCUUUGUUGUAGAAGCCAGGUUCCAAGAGUUUGGUUGUAAUAGUUCCUCGAAGGUUCCUAGAUAGAGAGCUCUAAAGACUCCAGCCUAUGUGAGGUAUGUGGGGCAAAUAUAACAAUUACAAUACCUGCAUCGAAUGCUUUGCCAAAGAAUUGUCGGACCAAGAUCGAUUUCAUGGUUCUCUAGAAUUAACGGGACGCGAUCAUCCUUAGAUCUUUUUACAGCAUGCAUAAAACGACGCAAAAAUUUUAUAAACAAUUUUUGGUUUGACCAACCUGAUGAUUUUGCCGGAUCCUCCAAAAAGCAUCUUUUUUUUUAAAUGGACUUUUGGAAAGAUAAACAUUGGAGGCAACGAAUUAUCGAUCUCAUGCAAAUAACAGUUAAGAGGAUCCCUCUUUCAGCCGAAGGGGCAUUGCUUAGCUGCUUUACACCUUUCGGAGCAACUAUUCUAGAUUGGCCUUGAACCAAGCUCAGCCCUGUUUCAACCAGGUUUCAAAUUUGGAAAUUCAUUUCACCUUAAAGCAGUUUACACAACAUAACUUUCUUGAGUUUCCAUUUUCUAUUCUUUCUCAGAGUUCCUUGUACCAUAUGUGACCCUUAUUAAGAUAUGGCUGGCAUAGUUUCGUAACUACUGAUUGGGCAUGACCUGCAUUCCCGUCGACUAUUCCUUUUCCAAUGCAUACCAGACAAUAAAGUAUGUUUCCAUGGGAUAACACACUUUUUGUAUGUUUCCUUUAAUGUUCUCACGACCUCUUCGACUUUGUAUAAACGGGAUGUUUUUUCAUCUUCUCUCGACAUAUUUAAAUCUGUUUCUCGACAUUGCUCUGCUACAUACUGGAUAAGCAUAGAGUGGCUGAGUAUUCUAAUAGGAUUCCAAUAAACCGGCAAAACUCUUUAGAAAAAAGUGGCUUCUACCUGUUCAUUGUAAUAACACAUUUCCCACAAUCGCCAUUUCUUGAAGAUUAUAACCCAAUCGCAAAUUUUUCCCAUGAGAGUCUGAUCGAACAAGAGCCAAUACAAAUACCUCAGAUGCAGAAGAAUCAGCCGGAAUGUUUACUUUUUAUCUUAAAUUACAGUAAAAUCAGAGGUUUUUUUAGGUUUUUCGUUCUUCUCUACUCAAAAUGAAACAUCUUCCGCUGCUGGAUUGUGUGAAUGGUGUUCAUUGCUAUCACUAUCAACAUACUCUGCACCAUUAACUUCACAAUUUUCUUCGCUGGAGUCCGAUUCAGAUCAUGGAUGGUGAGUACUGUCGAAGUCUUAAAACGGUUCUCCAAGCGUUUCCUCAUCGCUUGAUACGUUCAUAAUUGCAUCGGCCUCAGCUUGAAGCUCGUCUUCUCUCAGAAAACGUGACAUCAUAUUAUGACACCUGCAAAUUAAUUUUGUAGAGAGCUUGAAUCUUAACUAGCCUAGUUCAUAAAUUGCAUAUGGCAAGUAGUAAGAAAUAACGCGUAUGACGCCAGGAAAAUAAACUACUAAUAUUCAAAUGGAGCUAUUCAUACAUUGCCGUAGAACGCAAUCCGUAAGAAGUAAAAGACGCAUGAAAUGGCUCAGUUUCAUUUUUUGCGUCUUUCUUCUUCCGAAAUCGUGAGUAAAUGGUAAUAAAAAUAGCAAAAAUCACUUCCAACUAAAUAAAUAAAGCCAUUAGUACGCAGAGAAAAUCAUAGAUUAAUACUACUACGAGUAUGUCAAUUAUUCAUAAAAUUAAAUGUGACUCCAGCUGACAAUAAAUGACUUUGAUUGGACAGACAUCAUAAAUUUUGCUACGUGUCUUAUUUCUUACGAUUUUAAUUUAUAAAUGCAUAGACUCCUUACUGCUUGUGAGUUAUUUAUUACGUUUUAUUUCUUACUGCAUAAUGUACACAAUUUAUGCCAAAACUAUGUACGUGUCGUCACAUAAAACAUUUCCACCGAAACUCAAUUUUAUAUUUUUAUCUUAAACCAAGCGAUUCGCAUGUGUCAGGCCUAUCCAUAUGCAUCAAAAUUUUAGGCCUCUAUCUGUAGUCCAAAUGAUUUAUAUACCUAUUCAUUGAGUAUGAUCGAGCAACUAGCUCAUAUAUGAGAUGGCUUGUAGCAAACGUAUUAACCUCCGGUUCUCGAAUUGUUUUUCAUGUUGUUUCAAAAACCAUUUUAUCCAUUCUUUGCGGGUAAUUUCAUCAUCUUUCCAAAUAUCUGGUAUAUUUUUAUUAUUAGCUUUUGCAAAUUUAAAAGCCAACGUUUUGACACCCUUCUUUGUUAAACCAUACUGCAUUCUAGCUAUAGCUUGAAUCUAAGUAACAAGGCUUAAUUCGUCUUUAUCUGUAAAUGCUUUCCUCGCAGCAUAAUUGGCUGAAGACCGACAUUCAGUGUUUUCUGUAUUUUUAAAUUUCGGUAGUUUACCUGCUGAUAUUAAACACUUUUCACUUCUCUGUAGGUCGUUUAUCAUAUGCUGCAACGACUUGUACCAAGAUCCACGAUGAUGGAUGGAUUGAAGGAACACGAUAAUUUCAUCUUAUUUAAGACAGCUCCCCAUAUAGAACUGUCUAUUAAAAUUUACAAACAACAACAAGCAUUUUACUUACCAAAAACUCCACGUGUUUAAUCUGAAAUAUUUCUCGUUCAACAGUUUCACAAAAACUUUACUUUUACCACACGAAUUUGCGUUCUUUCACCAAAACUGUAAAGUCCAUUUGCACCGCUAUAAUGCAACUGAGGAGUUGUUUAGGUCAAGAUUGUAAGGAAGCAACAGAAUCCUGCUACUCAAAAUGGUCCCAGGUACACUAUGGUCUAGGUACAACAGUUUUACUCUUUUCAGCUACUUUUUUCUGAAUGAUUCAAUAAUGAAAUCAAAGUUUUAGAACCACAGACAGUUCUCCCAAAGAUAUAAAACUUCAAUCACAAUAAACCGAUUAAGAUGCUACCCUUUUUCAGCUUCUUUGUCCUGAAAAUUCAGGAGUAAAAUCAAUUUAUUAGUACCACUGAUGGCUCUUCUGUUGAACUGAAGUUUUUUAAAAACCACAAUAAACUCGUCAAGAUAGUACUCUUUUUCAUCUACUCUUUUUCUGAAUAAUUCAACAACGAUACCAAAUUUUUGAUAACACUGGGUGGGGUUGGAAAAAAGUCGAAUGGUACCACAAUGUUUUUUUUUUAGUACCAAGGCCUAUAUUUUACGAAUCUAUUAAUAAAGACGCGUUUUUAAAUCGAUUUUCUUUUUUUGCGAAGAAAAUUCCGUUAGUCCGUCCCUGGCCUAAGAAACGUUUUUACAAGGAGAAACGUGCUUUAAGGCGUGGCCUGUAUGCAGGGCCGGACUAUGGUUGUUUGGACACACGCAAAUUGGGCCUAGUAAUAUAACGAUUUCAACUAUAUAAAAUUAUCUGUACAGUUUUUUAUAUGUUACGUAGUAAAACCGUUUUAAGUAUGCGAACGCGCAUAGUGACCAAUCAUAAAGGGGUAUAUGGGAAAAAAACACAAACACUAACCUAACAUUUUUGCCCUUAAUUGAAAAAUCAUUCCAGUUCCCAUAUAACCCUUUAUUAACAAAAAAAAAUGUGUAAAUGUUAUAAUAUAUUUUUCCUGGUCAGUUAAUUAUUUCUAAUAUACAUAUAAAGUGUUGAACGUUUUUCGGACAAAUAUAAUUAUAUUAAGUGGAUCUUGACGCGUAUAUUUGUAUAUUAUUAAAGACUGAAAAAAUCCUAGUUUUAUUGUGUUAUAUAUAUAAAAAAAAUGAAAAAAGUAUUAGGUGAAGAUGACGUGGUGCGCCGCCAUUUUUUUUUCCUGUUUAGAAGUUAGAUUUAAUAGACCGGGUUUACAUAGAGCGUUAAAAGCGGGGGCGUAGGUUAGUGACAUUUUGGACCGGUUUGUGCAAAAACCUUUUGAGGUGACACGAUGUUUCGAAUGUCAAAAUCAUGUUCACGAAAUCGUUUGUGUUAUUUAAAAGUUUCGUGGGAAUAUAUUUUGUAGUUUUGGAAAUAUAAAGGAAAACUUGAUACCUUCAAUUUUUUCAAUUGGAUCACAUACUUCAUGACAAUUUUUCAGAUCACAAAUCAGAUCACAUGAUCCAUUUUGGAUCAAAAAUUGUCAUCGAUGGUUAUCGAUCUGGUUUUCAGCUAUUUUUUUUAUUGAAUAAUUUCUCUUGAAUAAUUUAUUGAUGAAAUCAAAUUUUUGGUACCAUUGACUGUUUUCACUAAUAACCCAAAUUCCCUUAAAACCACAAUAGUCCUACGACAUGGUCCUGCUUUUCAAUAUUUUUUUACCAAAUAGUUUAAUACAUACAUUUUUGGUACCGCUGAUAGAUUGCCCAAAAGCACAAAACUUUUUUAAAAAUCACAAUAGACACAUCGAUAUGGUGCCACCAUCACCAGUUCAGCAAUUUAUUUCUUAAUAAUUUGUGAUGUAAUGUAGUGCAAUAGAGUUUGGUCCAGGGUGGCCUGUUGCACUGCGACGAUUGUUGAUCUAUUGUGCUUCCCCUGAUCCUAUCUAUCCAAGACUUUCGCGAACAUCAUCGGCUCCUUCAGUGGGAGUGUCAACAGAUCCCUUUCACUCAACGUGUAUGUAUGUAGAAUCCUGUAUCUCCUGUCGCCCAGUGCUUCAGAAUAUGCUAUCAACUGUUCUAUCGAUUCCUCUUCCUCCCUGCAGAUGUUCCCCUACCAGCAUGCGUAUUGCGUAGGCUUUUUGUGUCUAGUCUUAAAGCUAGAAUCGCUCUUUCAACGUCGAAGCUCAGAAACUUUUUGGAAUGAACCAACCCAUUUCAAUGUCGCAUCAUCCUGAACGAUGUCCAUUUCACAAUCUGUCCUUUAAUACCUCUGUAGAAACCCAAAAGAUGAGGUUGGUCCAAUGAAGUUUUCCUCAGCCCUUUUUCCUUAGAUGUCCGCCAUGUCAUUCCUGACGUGCCCUGAUACCCAGACCAGGGUGUCAGAAAUAUCACUCGCAUACAUCAUGGUCUUGUGCCCUGUCCGGUUAAGGAGCCUGAUCAGGUUACUCGCCUCUACAGACCAUAGAAAAGGAGAUAGUAGACCUCCCUAUGAGGAUCCUUAAGGCGCACUGAGAUCGGUGAAUCAAAAUGUGGCCUUAAUUGACCUUUGGUUCAGCAUGCAGAUGACCCAUCUUAUGGUCGUAUAUCUUAUGGCCAGCUCAGCUCCUCUAUUAGAGAGCGCUGUUUUCAUUCGAAGAAAGUCCGCGUUAUUGAAGACGCCCUCAAUGUCCAUAAAUACACACAGUGCUAUUUUUUUUCCAAGGCCUUUUCGAAAUCCCUAACUAUUUUGUCCAAUGUCGUAAUAGUUGAUUUGCCCAUCUUAUAGGCGAAUUGGAAUGCGUUCAAUUGGUCUCAUGGAGAGUACCUUCAUCUGCUAUACUGGCCCAUUGUCUUCAACAUAAAAGAGGAUGGAUCAAUUCACCUGUAGGCCUAGGAGAUUUGAAAGGCCUGUUCCGAUUCUUGGAUAUAAACAUGACCCCUACCGCACUCCAAAUCCUUGAAACAUAUGCCAAUGUUAGGCUGGAUCGGCAAUCUCCUAAUAAAGAAUAGCAUUUCCUCCGUUCUAUCAUUCUAAUGAUGUUCGUUGCCUUUAGCCAAACAUGGGGUGAUGAAGAUACAAACCUGCAGUCAGGAAAGCAAGUUCUAAGAAGAAGUUCUAAUGUUCCUUAUUUUCAGUAUAUAUGCUUCUCGAAUUGCUCAUUUUUUACGUCCUUAAUAUGCGCUUAGGAAAGUUUCUAUAAUUUUCUUCAGGACUUCGUUAACUGCCUAUUAUAGGUGGUUAAGGCUUCCCUGUACCCUUCCUAAUUUCCAGUUCAUUUGACUCUUUUGAAUUCCAAUUUUGCUCUUCUAUCAAUUAGUUCAAAAAACGGUAUUUUCGUGUGAGUUAGUUUCUCUACGGAUGCAUCCAAUUCCUCAGGUGAUAUACUGGAAAAUGUGUUUCCAGUGAUUCUAGGCUGUAGAUCUGCGAGUAUCUCAACCAAUCUGUUGCCCUGGAGUUUAUAUAGAGCGAUUCACUCUUCAUCGGUACCCUGACUUCAAAAAGGAUGUGUUUAUGAUGAUACCACAUGGAGUUCUCUUCAGAGUCACUGAUCAUAUAGAAACAUUUGUUAGUUACAAUUUGAUUUUAGUUUGUAUAAUACCGAACUCAAAUUGGUGGUUCCACUGGCUGUGCUCACAAAAACAUGAAAUUUUAUUAAAAUUUAUAAUAGACCCCAUGGAUAUGGCACUCUUUUUAGUUACUUUUUUUGAGCCAUUUAAUAGUAAAUUCAAAUUUUUGGUACCCCUGAAGAUCCUCUCAAAUAGAUUCAAUAUUUUCAAAAACCAAAACAGACCCAUUGACAUGGUACUCGUUUUCAGCUACUUUUUCCUGAAGUAAAGCCAAAAAGACUAUUCUAUACUAUUCUCUUAAAAACCACAAUAAACCUAUCGACAUCGACUUUGAUUUACAAGGAGAAAAUUAAAUUAUUUUGAAUUAUAUGAACGUUUUUUUUUUGUUUCUUUCACAGCCUGUUCAAUAGUUCCAAAUACAAUACAAUGGUUUUUUAAUAACGUAACCUAUUUUUGACACAUGGAGCCGAAAAUGUCAUUUAAUUACGCUCCCAUUUUUAGUGCCUUAGUUGACAUACACUUAACGUGGUGGCAAUGUUUGGAAUCACAUUCUAAACGUCUCCGCCGCGAGCCAUUUACAUGUACGUAGCUGUCAGAAUGUACUUACUUUUCCUGUUAGCGUCUUUUUUGUAUUCUGUUCUUUUUUUAUUUUUUUGGUUGUGAACUCUGUUUUAAACGGAUUUUUUCACCAUCAGAACAUUGACAUUUUAGAAAUCUACUGUAUCGGCCUUGUAUUUAUUUUUAUCGUGUAUAUAUACGUACAUACUCUGUUGAUGUCCUAAAUUGUAUAUAAUUUAUUAAUUGUAUUUUGUAUAAUCGGUUUUUUAUUGAAAACAAAAAUUAUAGAUCGAAAAUUAUAUAAAUUUUUUCUGUCAUGUCAGUGUUUCAAGAAAAGUCUGUAUCACCCUGUAUAUGAUAGCAAAAUGUAUUAUUUAUUCUUCUUAGUUUGUAAUUAUACCGCUUUGCAAUGCAAUAAAAAUCGCAUACGAUGUAACA